UUUUUAUGGCGGUUAACUAUUAUUAUAUUUGAUGUUGUUUUAAAUGUUUUAUCAAGAAAAAACAAUUUAUCCGAAAUAAAAAUACUCUAGGGUGUAUAUGAUAAUUAAACUAAGAUGCAAUUGUUUUAAUUAGCAAUAAUGGAUACAUUAAAAUGGAAAAAAAUUGAAAAUGAAGCGGGUUAUCCCUGUUACAUCGAUGAAACUAGUGGUAAACAAAGUUAUGAUCAUCCUCAGUUCAGUAAAAUUAUGGAUUCUUUGGAGGAAUACAAUGAAAUCAAAUAUAGUUGUUAUCGAAUAGCUUUCAAAGUAUUUGCCUUACAAAGGAACCUUCAAGUGCCACCUCUCCGCAUCAGUUCAGGGGUCUUUGCAAGACAUCAACUCAGUUUAUCAGAGAGCAGUUUGUCUCUAGACACUGCGGAGCUGGAGGCUGUGUUGGCUGAUAUUUAUUUUGCUGCUGAAAAGGAAGGAUUGUUCUCUGGAGAUGUAGACUUGACCGUGGAUCUCUUGAUCAACUUGUUACUAAAUGUUUAUGAUAAGGAUAGAAAUACGCCAAUAAGGGUCUUAGCUGCUAAGACACUAUUGAUACUUCUUAGUGAAGAACCUAUAGCAGACAAGUGGGUAGCCCUUGCUAAUUGUUCUGCAGACCACAAUGGCUGUGUAUCACCAAAGAGGUUAGCAGCUUUAUUAGCCCAUGUUAUGGCUUUACCGAAAUAUCUUGGCUGCCAAAGUGACUAUUUACAGAGCGAUGUGGACUCUUGUUUUGAAAAUAACGCGGGCAUGCUAGGCGUGAGCGCCCGCGGCGUGUGCGCGUGGGGGACGUCCCGCUGCGCGAGCACGCGCUGGCUGCCCGCGCUGCGCCGCGUCGCCGCCAGCCGCGCGCGCCACCGCAACGACCUGAGCGCAGUCUGCUCAGCGUGCGCGGCGCCGCUCGCUCAGAUGCUCAAAUUUAAAUGCUCAAAAUGUAAUAUAUUCCUCUGUGAAAAUUGCUAUUUAUAUGAUAAAGACUUAUCAAGUGUUCCUGGACAUAAAAAGACUCAUUUAGUUCAAGAAAUUAUUGAAGGAGAGAUAAAACCCUCAGAAUGUCUAAGCUUCAUUAAAGGUAUGAAGAAAUUUUUCUUUUGUACUAAGAAAAAGAAAAAAUCUAACAAAAAGGGUCGAAAAAACAUCGAAAAACUAUCAAACGCUGGGUCUGUCAGGCGAAAGGAAAAACCGGUUAUAUUCACAUCAACAGUGGGAAAGGCGUCUGGUAAUAAAAAUAACCCAGCUGUCACCUUGCAGGAUGUUAUAACACAGCUGGAAAAUGAGAAUAAAGCCAUAAAAGAUCUCACAGAUCAAUUGGAAGCAGCUGUUAAAAAUGACAAUAAUGAUCUAAAAGCGAAGGUAGAUGAACAUUAUAAACAGAUAUCGACUCAGAUAAACAGACUUAAAAUGUUAAAGGAUAACUUACUGAACACCCAAAAUCUCCCAUCUGAAUCGACAAGUGACAAAACUGACCGACCACAAGCAUUCGAUUUGUUCAGUCCCAUACCAAUUGUUGAAGAGAAACCAAAAGUAACUGAAAACGUUAAAAAUCAACCAAGAGUCCUGAGUAUGGAUUCUGGAAACUUCUCAGUUGCAUCAAAACCUGAUAGUCAGAAUCUAUUGACAAUGUCCGGAGAUGCUUUGAAGCCUGUUGUAGUUCAUGCUACUUCUGAUAGUAUAACAACUGUGUCUAUGAAUGAUGUGAGCAAUUGGUACAAUGACACAGAGAGCACAAAUCGCCCCACAGUAGGUAACAUUUCAACAACAGAGCAACGCUAUGCAGCGGACUUGCAAAGUGUCGAGCGUGGGAACCGGAAAGUGAGAGAUCUCAACGCAGAUCUGGAUGCUGUGCUGGACCGCCUGCAGCAGAUAUUGACACACAACUUCGCUAUGGAUGAUUCGUGUUUUGACAACACUCAGCUCAGAGAAACAGCCAACGAGAUGGAAGGUCUGCUUGGUUCACUUAUACGAGGUGUGGAAGAACGGGCAACACUUAAUGCUAAGGGACUUGUGUGA